CCGGUUUGUUGAAAAAGAAUUGAUGAAUCACGAUUAAAAGCCAGUUUAGAAUAGCGAGUCGCUCUAUGGCAGAUCUGCGUAUUAAAUUGGCGCUGAUAGAUCUCAGCGGAACACUGCACGUGGACGAUAAACCUACCGAUGGGGCGGUUGAUGCUUUAAAGAGAUUACGACAACAUGGUGUCCAAAUUAAAUUUGUCACCAAUACGACUAAAGAAAGCGUCCAUUCGUUAUACAAUCGACUAUGCAAGAUCGGUUUUGAACUUGAGCAGAAAGAAAUUUACGGCUCAUUGGCAGCUGCCUCUGAUUACGUACGUAAGAACAAUCUCAAUCCUUACUACUUACUAACCGAUGACGCACGAACCGAUAUGCCUGCAAACGAUCCGGAUAGGCCGAUUGACUCGGUCGUGGUUGGUCUCGCGCCGGAACAAUUUUACUAUGAAAAUCUCAAUAAAGCAUUUCGCGUACUUCAUCAAAAUCCUGCAAAACUAAAUGUGAGCCUCGUUGCUAUCCAUGAAGGACGCUACUACAAGACCCCAGAUGGCAUUGCUCUCGGUCCGGGUUUUUUUGUAAAAGGGCUCGAGUAUAGCACAGGCGUUUCAUCUAUCUGCAUCGGCAAACCUAACGAAUAUUUCUUCCGUUCUGCCUUGCCAGACAAUGUUGCUAUUGAGGAAUGCGUUAUGAUAGGAGAUGAUCCAAAUGAUGAUUGUCUUGGGGCAAUGCGCAUCGGAAUGAAGGGAUAUCUGGUGGAGACGGGGAAAUAUCAACCGGAAAAGUAUACCAAAGCGGACUUACCAGGCGUGACCGGAAUAUUUGCAAGAUUCAGUGACGUAGUACAACAUAUAAUUGAAAGCAGCCGUCCUUAAAUUUACGUUUAAGGUGAUAUUCAAGAGUAACGAAAUGAAGAAUCAAGCUAGUGGUCUUUCUCUACACAACCACCAACGGAUCCUUGUCACAGAUAGACACAUGAGUUGUAACAGUACCAUAAGUUUUAAGCCGCUCAUCUAAAAUGCUUUUGAAUACAGUCAAAUAUCCUCGCUCCGAAUUGCUAUGGCCCAGAAGGACGACACAGGUGCCAUUACUUGUAGCUUCCAACACCUCAUGGUGGGACAUUUCUCCGGUAAUGUACAUGUCUGCCUUAACGCCCUUAAGUACACUAGCUCCUGAACCGGCACAUACGGCAAAAGACCGGAUUUUGCGACGACCAUUUGUUUCAGGUGCGAAACUAACCAUAGCAUUGCCCACCUUAGUGUGUUUUGUAAUUAGCUGCACGGCAGCUUGUUCCGUUAGCGGAUCACCCUGAAUGUCGCAUAUACGA